GGGAGAAAAACAAUUUAAUAAAUGUUAUAAUACGGCUGUAACCAAACAACAUUUGGAAAAAGUGAAGGGGUCUGAAGACUUUCCGAAGGCCAUUUUGGACUCCUCCACGUGUUAACAGUCUGGUGUGUUUGUAUUCUCUCAGCAUACAAAGAGAAGAUGAAGGAGCUGUCUGUUUUCUCUCUCAUCUGCUCCUGCUUCUAUCCAGAGGCACGUAACAAGCUGGUCGUCUGUGAGUUUGAAGGUAAGAACCAGAGGCACGCAAUGAGCUGGUUGUCUGGGAGUCUGAAGGUAAGAACUAGAGACAUGUAACAAGCUGGUCGUCUGUGAGUUUGAAGGUAAGAACCAGAGGCACACAACAAGCUGGUCGUCUGCGAGUUUGAAGGUAAGAACCAGAGGCACUCAACAAGCUGGUCGUCUGGGAGUCUGAAGGUAAGAACUAGAGGCAUGUAACAAGCUGGUCGUCUGUGAGUUUGAAGGUAAGAACCAGAGGCACACAAGAAGCUGGUCAUCUGUGAGUUUGAAGGUAAGAACCAGAGGCAUGUAACAAGCUGGUCGUCUGGGAGUUUGAAGGUAAGAACCAGAGGCACACAACAAGCUGGUCGUCUGGGAGUUUGAAGGUAAGAACCAGAGUCACACAACAAGCUGGUCGUCUGUGAGUUUGAAGACAUGGAGGUGAAGCCAAUCAACAAGCGGGCGUCGGGCCAGGCCUUCGAGGUGUUUCUGAAGCCCCCCUCCCCGGUGUCAGACGCGACCCAUAGCAUCAUUUCGCCCCCCAAGAGGGAGGUGUCCCUAGAGGACAUCCAGAAGAAACUGGAGGCAGCUGAGGACCGGAGGAGGUCCCAGGAGGCCCAGGUGCUGAGGGCCCUGGCAGAGAAGAGGGAGCACGAGAGGGAUGUGCUGCUCAAGGCCAUGGAAGAGAACAGCAACUUCAGCAAGAUGGCAGAGGAGAAGCUCACCAUGAAGAUGGAGCAGAUCAAGGAGAACCGGGAGGCCCACCUGGCAGCCAUGAUGGAACGCCUGCAGGAGAAGGAAAGACACGCAGCCGUGGUGCGCAGGAACAAAGAGCUGAGGGAAGAGCUGACAGCGUGAGCCCCACCUCUCCCCAACGUCCACCAACCACAUCCCUCCAUCCAGCCUCACACCUGGUCACUCCACAGCAGACACCAAGCCCUGGAGACCUGGAGGGUGGAGGACCUCACUACCAACACACUACACCACCCACCCAAACCCUCCAUACACACAAACACAUACACACAAACACACACACACACACACACACACAAACUCUUUCACACACACACACACUAUCAGUAUUAACCGUAUUUUUCAUUGGAUAAUGAAUGAUUUUUUUUUCCUAAGGGGAAAAAAUCAACAACAUGAAAACAUGGGUAUUAUUUUGUAAAUAUUUCAUUUUUUUAUCUAUCUUGAUGGCUAGGCUGAUUGAGCGCAAAUAAGUGUAUCAAAUGUACUGCGUUGUACAAUUUCAACUGUUUUGUUUGUUAUCUCAUUUUUUAUUGGUUCUUGAAAUUUGAAUCCACAAAUAUUUUCUUGUGAAAGGCUUUGGUGUUGUGAGUUGGUUGUUAGCUGACGUUUGCAUUGUUUUCUGAUGAUGUCAGUUUCUGUGUCUUUGUGAAGAAUGCUAACAGACUCCUGACAGGCAUCCCACACACACACACACACACACACACACACACACACACACACGUACACACAAUUACACACACGCUAUGAACGCACAUUAACAAUCUGCCAAACCCUCGGCUUGAAAUGUCCACAUGUCCUCAAAUGAGCUUGAGGUAGCUGGAACUAGAGAUAUGCUUGGUCAUCUUUAACCACGUGUGUGUCCAGAGGGAUCAACUGUUUUAUCACUUCCUCCAGACUGACCCCUGACUAUAUAUGGCAGCCUAUUCCCUAUAAAGUGCACUACUGUUGACCAGAGUAGUGCAGUAAAUAGGGUAUAGUGUUCCAUUUGGGAUGCAACCCCGGGUGAUUUACUUCAACUUACUCUAGUCUGUUAUUUCCACUGGAUCUGGACACUUGAAUGUUAUGAUUACAUCAUACCGCCACCGUACAUGACAUCUUGGCCAGUAAAAUGUUCUAAAGCCCCCCUUUUCCUUUAGCUUGAUAGACUAACACAGACGCACAUGUUCACUCCAAGUCUACGUAUGUGUGUGUGUGUGUGUGUGUGUGUGUGUUUCAAGUGAGGUGUCAUAUCAUCAGCGUCCUCUCUCUGGUAGUUCCAUAGAUAGAGAAUGGAUGCUCCACAUUCAGCACACUAAAAUGACUCUUUUUAGAAUAUGUCACAACGAUCUGCCUGCAUCCUCCACAAGCUGACUACUACAGUACAAGUGUUCUCCCUCCGUAUGUCUCAAGCUUCGCUGAAUAAAGCUUUGGGGUUCUGUCAACAUGGCAUGCGCCAUCUCAUUAUUUUCUGUGCUAAAGACAAGGAAACAUGUAAACUGCCAAAUAAAAGAACCAAUGACCUAAA